AUGAAUCAAUUGAUGGUGAGGUCUGUGUUUAGACAUGCGAUCACCGGCAGUAAGUAUAGUCGCUACAUAUCGUCGGCCGCGGCGUCGCCGUUGUCGGCGGUUGCCGUUGUGACGUCUUCUGAUGAGGCCGUGGUGGUGAGAGGCCAGGGUUUGGGGUUCCUCGGUGGGGCCCCUUGGAGUUGGAGGACGAUGAGCACGGCGGCGGAGCCGGAGGCGAGGAAGGUUGAGAAAGAGAGUAGUACAGCGGUGCCGGGGAAGAAGAAGAACGAGGAGAGCGGCGAAGUUGUGGUGUCGAGCUAUUGGGGCAUUUCGAGGCCCAAGAUUACCAGGGAGGACGGGACUGAGUGGCCUUGGAACUGUUUCAUGAACAGUGAGAUAAAGAUUUUCUAG